AUGCGUAUGACGAGGAUAGAAGAGUCUGGACCCCCUCCUUCCCAAGGCUUGCAAGGGGAAGAAGGCCUCGGCCGUGCUUUCUCGACCGAGUACGCCGGCCGCGGCCGUACCCAGGGUGGCGGCCCCUCCUUUGGCCAGAGCAGCGAUCGUGACUUCAACCGCGGCCCCAACCUCCAGAGCACCGGCUGUGGUGGGGCCCUAGGUCACAAGAGGGAUCGAGAGGCCUCAAGUACUGAAGCCGCGCCGGCCGAAAGUGUUGCGGUUGAGACGGCGGUGUUAGAGCGGCCUAGAAAAAAGGUCCUCCUUGUUCUUUCAGAGGUCGAGGACGAGGAAGAAGUCCCUCCUGUGAUCGUGAGUGAAGCCCCUCUCGUGACCGGCGAGGCAGUGGCCGAGAAGGUGGCUGUCGCCGAGGUGGCGGUUGAAGAGGCGACCACUGCCGAGGUGGCAGAAAUGCCGCAGUCGUAG